CACCGCCACCGCCGCCGCCGCCGCCCGAGACUCGCGCAGAGCAGUUAUGGCGGAUCCCGCAGCGCCCGCAGCUCCGGCUCCCGCCCAGGCCCCGGACGCGGCCCCGACCCCGGACGCGGCCCCCGCCCCGGCGCCCGCCCCGGACUCGGCCUCCGGGCCGUCCUCGGACUCCGGCCCCGAAGCCGGCUCGCAGCGGCUGCUGUUCUCUCACGACCUGGUGUCGGGCCGUUACCGCGGCUCGGUGCACUUCGGGCUGGUGCGCCUCAUCCACGGCGAGGACUCGGACUCGGAGGGCGAGGAGGAGGGCCGCGGGAGCUCGGGCUGCUCCGAGGCGGGGGGCGCGGGCCACGAGGAGGGCCGGGCCAGCCCGCUGCGCCGCGGCUACGUGCGCGUCCAGUGGUACCCGGAGGGAGUCAAGCAGCACGUGAAGGAGACCAAGCUGAAACUAGAGGACCGCUCCGUGGUGCCCCGGGACGUGGUCCGGCACAUGCGAUCCACCGUGAGUCUUGGUGCGGGGGUGGCCUGGGGAUUGUCUGGGCUGGGUCUCCCUGGCGGCUGGUGCUGUGCGCCUGCUCGGGCCUGGAUGCCUUCUCCUCCCCAGGACAGUCAGUGUGGCACUGUGAUAGACGUCAGCAUCGACUGUGCCGUCAAGCUCAUUGGCACCAACUGCAUCAUCUACCCCGUCAACAGCAAGGACCUCCAGCACAUCUGGCCCUUCAUGUAUGGGGACUACAUUGCCUAUGACUGCUGGCUGGGGAAGGUCUACGACUUAAAGAACCAGAUCAUUCUGAAGCUGUCCAACGGUGCCAGGUGUUCCAUGAACACAGAAGAUGGCGCCAAGCUCUACGAUGUCUGCCCCCAUGUCAGCGACUCUGGUCUCUUCUUUGAUGACUCCUAUGGCUUCUACCCGGGCCAGGUGCUCAUUGGCCCCGCCAAGAUCUUCUCUAGUGUCCAGUGGCUGUCAGGGGUCAAGCCUGUGCUCAGCACCAAGAGCAAAUUCCGAGUGGUGGUGGAAGAGGUGCAGGUUGUAGAGCUAAAAGUCACAUGGAUUACCAAGAGUUUCUGUCCAGGGGGCACGGACAGCGUCAGCCCCCCACCCUCUGUCAUUACCCAGGAAAACCUAGGCAGGGUGAAGCGUCUCGGAUGCUUUGACCAUGCUCAGCGGCAGCUUGGGGAGCGCUGUCUGUAUGUCUUCCCAGCCAAGGUAGAGCCGGCCAAGAUUGCCUGUGAAUGUCCAGAAAAACACUGCGCCCAGGGGGAGGGCUCUAUGGCCAAGAAGGUGAAGCGCCUGUUGAAGAAGCAGGUUGUGAGGAUCAUGUCCUGCUCCCCGGACACCCAGUGCUCCGGAGACCAUUCCAUGGAGGACCCAGGAAAGAAAGGGGCCAAAGCCAAGAGUGAAACAGGGUCCGUCAGCCCCGAGGAGACGCCUGAUGGGUCCGCCAGCCCGGUGGAAAUGCAGGACGAGGGCUCAGAGGAGGCCCAGGAUGUGGGUGAGCAGCUGCCCCCCUUCCUGCUGAAGGAAGGUGGAGGCGACAGGCUGCACUCGGCAGAGCGGGACGCGGAUGACGAGGCUGCUGACGACACGGACGACACCAGCUCAGUGACCUCCUCCGCCAGCUCCACCACCUCCUCCCAGAGCGGCAGCGGCACGAGCAGAAAAAAGAGCAUCCCCUUGUCUAUCAAGAACUUAAAGCGAAAACACAAGCGGAAGAAGAAUAAAAUCACUCGUGACUUUAAGCCAGGGGACAGGGUGGCCGUGGAGGUGGUGACCACCAUGACCUCGGCAGAUGUCAUGUGGCAGGAUGGCUCCGUGGAGUGCAACAUUCGCUCCAACGACCUCUUUCCCGUGCACCACCUGGACAACAACGAAUUCUGCCCCGGAGACUUCGUGGUGGACAAGCGAGUCCAGAGCUGUCCAGACCCCGCUGUCUACGGCGUGGUGCAGUCUGGGGACCACGUGGGCCGAACCUGCAUGGUGAAGUGGUUCAAGCUGCGGCCAAGUGGGGAUGACGUGGAGCUGAUCGGAGAAGAGGAAGACGUGAGCGUCUAUGACAUUGCUGACCACCCUGACUUCCGGUUCCGCACAACCGACAUCGUCAUCCGCAUUGGCAAUACCGAGGAUGGAGUUCCUCACAAGGAGGAUGAGCCAUCAGUUGGCCAGGUGGCCCGUGUGGACGUCAGCAGCAAGGUGGAGGUGGUGUGGGCUGACAACUCAAAGACCAUCAUUCUGCCCCAGCACUUGUACAACAUUGAGUCUGAGAUUGAGGAGUCAGACUAUGACUCGGUGGAAGGCAGCACCAGCGGGGCAUCCUCAGAUGAGUGGGAAGACGACAGUGACAGCUGGGAGACCGACAACGGGCUGGUGGAGGAUGAGCACCCCAAGAUCGAGGAGCCCCCCGUCCCACCUACUGAGCAGCCGGCAGCCCCAGAGGAAGACAAGGGGGUGGUGGUCAGCGAGGAGGCCGCCACGGCCGCCAUUCAGGGGGCUGUGGCCAUGGCCGCCCCUGUGGCUGGGCUGAUGGAGAAGGCUGGCAAGGACGGGCCCCCAAAGAGCUUCCGCGAGUUGAAAGAGGCCAUCAAGAUCCUGGAGAGCCUCAAGAACAUGACCGUGGAGCAGCUUCUGACGGGCUCCCCCACCUCCCCCACGGUGGAGCCUGAGAAGCCCACUCGGGAGAAGAAGUUUCUAGAUGACAUUAAGAAGCUGCAGGAAAAUCUCAAGAAGACCCUGGACAACGUGGCCAUCGCAGAGGAGGAGAAGAUGGAGGCAGCGCCGGACGCAGAGCGCGGGGAGGACAAGCCCGAGCGGCCGCCGCCGGCGAGGGCCGAGCGGCCCAGCGAGACCCCGGUGCUCUGUCAGCAGUGCGGCGGCCGGCCCGGGGUCACCUUCACCAGCGCCAAGGGCGAGGUCUUCUCGGUGCUGGAGUUUGCGCCCUCAAAUCACUCUUUUAAGAAAAUUGAGUUCCAGCCUCCAGAAGCCAAGAAGUUCUUCAGCACGGUGCGGAAGGAGAUGGCGCUGCUGGCUACUUCGCUGCCCGAUGGCAUCAUGGUCAAGACUUUCGAGGACAGAAUGGACCUCUUCUCGGCCCUAAUCAAGGGCCCCACUCGCACCCCCUACGAGGAUGGCCUCUACUUGUUUGACAUCCAGCUCCCCAACAUCUACCCAGCCGUGCCCCCCCACUUUUGCUACCUCUCCCAGUGCAGUGGCCGCCUGAACCCCAACCUGUAUGACAAUGGGAAGGUGUGUGUCAGCCUCCUGGGCACCUGGAUUGGAAAGGGGACGGAGAGGUGGACGAGCAAGUCCAGCCUCCUCCAGGUGCUCAUCUCCAUCCAAGGCCUAAUCCUGGUGAACGAGCCCUACUACAACGAGGCGGGCUUCGACAGCGACCGGGGCCUGCAGGAGGGCUACGAGAACAGCCGCUGCUACAACGAGAUGGCGCUCAUCCGCGUGGUGCAGUCCGUGACCCAGCUGGUGCGGCGGCCCCCCGAGGUCUUCGAGCAGGAGAUCCGGCAGCACUUCCGCACUGGUGGCUGGCGGCUGGUGAGCCGCAUCGAGUCCUGGCUGGAAACCCACGCCCUGCUGGAGAGAGCCCAGGCGCUGCCCAACGGGAUCCCCAAGGACAGCAGCUCCCCGGAGCCGCCUGCCGUGGCCGAGCUCUCCGACUACAGCCGAGAAGAACCUGAGGACGGAGGGCUGGCCCCUGGAGAGGCCUCCCAGGGCUCAGACUCGGAGGGCGGUGCCCAGGGCCCGGCCUCAGCUAGCAGGGACCACACAGACCAGAGCUCGGAGGCAGCGCCUGACGCCCCGGUGCCACCCAGCGUCAAACCAAAGAAGCGGAGGAAGAGCUACCGGAGCUUCUUGCCUGAGAAGAGCGGCUACCCUGACAUCGGCUUCCCUCUCUUCCCACUCUCUAAGGGUUUCAUCAAGAGCAUCCGGGGUGUCCUGACGCAGUUCCGGGCCGCUCUGCUAGAGGCGGGCAUGCCUGAGAGCACAGAGGACAAGUAGCUGCCCGCCCUUGAGGAAGCAAUGUCCCGUGGGGGGAGGCCAGCUGCUGCCCGCUCGCUCCCUCCCCUGGAAUCGCCUGUCUUCCUGUUUUCUCCUUUGUCCCCAAUGCAAAAGCCCCUCAUUGCCCUCUCCCCAAGGUGAGUUUGAUGCUGAAGUGCAAGAAGUUUCUUGAGAUGCUGCCGUUUCUUUCCCGAAGCAGUCUUUCAGCAGGCUGGUCCCCUGUGGCAACGAGAAUCUGAAACCUGUUGCUGAUUUUCCACUUGUCACCUAGGCAGAGUGUCCUGGCACCUGCUCCCUUGCCGUCCCCAUCUCAGGUCGGAGGUGGGUCUUCCUGGGGCCUGACACGAGGGCUCUCUUUGGGCCCCGCGGCAGGACGAGUGGAUGUGCCUUGCAUGAAGUGUGGGUUGCUCCAGCAGUUCCCCCAGUCCCUGUCGACCUCCCCAGUGCCCCUGUAGCUUCCCCGGUCCCAGGCCCCCCUGCUGCCACCGCCACCAGCCCCCCCCCCUUCCCCCCCCCCCCCCCCCCCCCUGUCCCCCCCCCCCCACAGCUGCUGUCACCGACUCCUGGCUCUGCUCUGGACCAUUUACCACAGGAUAACCCUCAGGCCUGUUGAACUUGCUCUCUAAGAGAGGUUGGGACCAGGCUGGGUCCAGGGGGACACCCAGGAGAGGUGGCAGCCCUCACAUGUGACAUGGAAUGAGGAUCGGGGAGCUGCUGGGAAAAACGGCGGUAGGUGCCUUGCUCUGGCGCUCCGGCCUCCCCUCCCCCCGCUGGCCUGGGCCCGCCACCACAGCUCCGCUCCCGGCUCGGCUCCCGGCUCCACCCCAGCCCCACCCCAGGGCCCCGGGCGGCCGGGCAGCGGCGCGGACAAGGCCAGGGCCAGGGCCAGGGCUAGGGCCUCUCUCGCACACUCUGCCCCUCCCACCAUCAAAUGCUAACGCUGGGAGGUGGCCUGUAGCUCACUGAACACAGAAGGAGCCAGCCGCACUCGGCCUCCCGUCGCUGACAAACUCUGCAGGCUCAACCCGGGGAGAGAGAGGUGGCCGAUGGGGGUUCUCCUCCCUCUCAGACAGGCCCAGAGGUUUACAAGUUUUCUAAGCUUUUGAUAAUGUGAAGCUCCAGGUUAAGAGGAUGCUGUUGAGCACAUUGCAGCUAUGUAAUUUUUGGUGUAUGUAUGUAAUAUUUAAGGUUGAAAGAAAAUCUCAAAAGCAAAGAUAUUAACUCUUAUUAGAAAAAAAGACAAAAAAAAAAAAAAAAAAAAGAAGCCAAAGCAUGAUGCGUCUUGUCCGCCUUAAGCUGGCUCCACACCUGGGCUUGUGCCAUAACCCCCGGCAGGCGGCGGCCGCGGGGAAGGACAGAGCCGCCACGGGCCGCGGCAUCUGGAGCCCUGAGUCGGUAUCUUGUUUGAGAAACAUCCAGAGUGACGGGUGGGGCUGUGCGCUGUUCAUGUGGAGAUGUGAAUGCCUACUGCUUAAGAUCUCUGUAUAAAGUGCUGUGUGAUUAAACUUUUUUUUUACUUGCAUUUUUUUUGUUUGGCUCAUUACAAUGUACCAAACAGACUAGAUGGCACCAUUAAACCUGCCUCUGCCGUUCA